GACCUGCCCCGGCCUCUGGGCUCCGAUUGGCUGCAGCGCCAGCAGCGGGCAGGCCAACCUUGGGCGUCCGGAGGCCGGCGGCGUCGCGGGAGGGGGGGGAAGCGGCUGGACCCGCCUCCUCCCGCUCGUGAGUGGCGCGGCGGCACUGGGGGGACGGGCGCGAAUGAGCUCCGCGCGCUGUGAUUGGCUCUGCGCUUUUUUACUCUUUGGUUCUUCCGGCUUCCGAUUGGGCGCGGGGCGCCAGCAGGGGCGGGCUUUCCUCGUCGCCCACUCUGAUAGGCGGAAGGGCGGGAGGGCCGCCUCCGCUCCUCUCCGGGCCCCUCCUCCCCCGCUUCCUCUGCUCCGGCUGUUGCGCUGCGAACCGGGGAACCGCCGCCGGUUUCCUGCCGGAGAACAAUAGCUGCUCCGUCACUUCCGGGGCGUGGCCGGCACUGCCGUGCGUCCCGGAGUGCCGCUGCGGCGCCGGCGCUGGGAACGGACCGCUGGAGAGCUGCAGCAGCCGGGAAUUAUUGCCGCUGGGUUCUCCCGCUGGCCGAGUGCUGCGCGUCCCGACUUGUUGAGCUCGGGAGGGGCGGAGCGUCGGCUGGAGUAGUAAGGGCUGAGCUCCUUGUUUAAGGGGGCUGGUAACUGUGUGAGACGCCGACGUUUGGUCACGCGGGUGACGGUGCGGUACCCGCUGACGGCCGGGCAGAGGCUGCGGCCGUGUAAAGCUCGCGUGUGCCUCCCGUGUCUUCACUGCGUCUUCGGUACGGAUGUGUUCACGUACCCAGGGAUGGUAAAACCCAGCACAGAAACGGGCGGUGUGGAGUUCUCUUGUGGAAAACAAACACCGAAACACCGCCCCCAACAACAGCAAAGCACUUGAGAAAGUAAUUCCGUGCCCCUUUAGCAAAGGCGUUUGCGUGUACGUUGCUGAUCUGUUGCUCAUCUAAGCCAGAAUGGUCUCACCUGGACAAAGGAAAGCUGGGAGCAGAACGGCGACAGAGGUGUUUGUGAAGCAAAACCCUCGUGGGUUAGGAUGGCUGAGGAGAUUCUGAAGGACCUGGAUGACUACUAUGAAAAAUUUAAACGAGAGAACGAUGCCGUGCAGAAGAGAAGAAUGCUGCACUGCAUACAGAGGGCAUUGAUUCGGAGUCAAGAGCUGGGAGAUGAGAAGAUCCAAAUCGUCAGUCAAAUGGUGGAGCUGGUCGAGAACAGAUCCAGGCAAGUGGACAGCCAUGUGGAACUGUUUGAGACUUGCCAAGAGACUAACGACACCACUGGAAACAGCGGGAAAGCCAGCCAGGAUAAGUCAAAGAAUGAGACAAUCGCUCAAUCUGAGAAGCCCAACAAUAAGAGGUCGAGGCGGCAAAGAAAUAACGAGAAUCGAGAAAAUGCUUCGAAUAAUCAUGACCACGAUGACAUCACUUCAGGAACUCCAAAGGAGAAGAAGGCAAAAACGUCCAAGAAGAAGAAACGAUCCAAGGCUAAAGCAGAGCGGGAAGCUUCUCCCCCAGACCUUCCCAUCGAUCCUAACGAGCCGACAUACUGCUUAUGCAACCAAGUCUCUUACGGAGAAAUGAUAGGAUGCGAUAACGAUGAGUGCCCCAUCGAGUGGUUUCACUUUUCGUGCGUGGGACUCAAUCACAAACCGAAGGGCAAAUGGUACUGCCCCAAAUGUAGAGGAGAAAAUGAGAAAACUAUGGACAAGGCGUUGGAGAAGUCCAAAAAAGAAAGGGCCUACAACAGGUAGUUUCUAGACUUUUUGUGGAAAAGAGAAAGAAAACCACCAAACCAGUGUAUUUAUUGUCAGUGUCACCUUUGUUGAGGUGAAAGGAUUGUAAAAUGUAUAUUUUUAAAGGAAGUUUAAAACUGAACCAUUCCUGUUACAGGGACGGCAAUAAGAGCAGUUUUGUUUCUCAUUUGGUAAGCUGUAACAAGAAUAUGGUCUGUGGACCAAUGUAUUCCAAAAGUAAAGUUCUAAGAGUUCAAACUAAAUAUCCAGGUGGGUCUUAAAAGAUGAAUUAAUCGCUUUUUGUUUUCCUCCCGGUGCUCGCAGCACACCAACCAUUAAAACGUUGCCGAGAGAUAUUUCUGACAUGUCAUUUCUUUUUCCUUCUGGAAGAACGUUACCUAUGUUGGAGCAGAACUGUUCAAACAGUUCGGCCCUCUGGUCGGAUCUGAGUAAAGCUGCAAUCUGUCACACGUGUCGCUCCUUUCAGUGAUGAGCGGUGCGAGGUCAAACUGAAGGAAGGUACAAUUUGGCUCCUGCUACAAAGUGCCAGCGGAACGCUUCCACAGCAAACGUUUUCAUAGGCUUAGGGGAUCCUUUCAAAGCAAAGCCAAUAGUUACAUUUUACACGGCAAAUAUUUUAUAUUCUGGCCGAGUACCACGAGAACAAUUUUAAACUGAUUGAAUACGUUUUAUAUUUAACCAGGAAGUGGUUUAGUAAUGACUUAACAUAAAUGAAGCUUUAUACCGUCACCAAUAGUAGUGUAGCAAUCCUUAAUUUGUUUAAGUUGUAUAAAUGUACAUUUUUAAGUGGAAUUGCACUUAAUGUAUUAUACUUGGAAAUGCAGCCAAAUGCCAUUGUGUAACCAAUGCGCAUUUCCUGCUGUAUGUAUGAAAACUGUACAGCUGUGAUAUGAAGAAAUAAAUGAAACAACUUUGA